AUGGGACCUCAGAGUGGUCAAGCAACACCAAAACCUUUGGGAUCAGCUGAUUUUGGUCCAGAAAGCGGUUUGAAACUCGUGAUCAAUAAAGAAUUUCAAAGACAGAGUGACGAGGAAGAUUCGUACAAUUCUAUGAAUUUUUCCAUGAAUAAUAAUGGUAUAAUGGUAGUCAUACAUGACAGAAUGGAUUUUCCAGGACUCAGUAGCAAUAUGUACAUGUUACAAGCGAAUCAUGAAUUAAAGAUCGCUAUUAAACCGGAAUUGAUUCAGAAACCAAAAGGACUGCAACAUCGUAACAAAGAGAACCAACUAGUUCCUAUAUGUAUCGCGGAAGAUCAAAAUACUUUGGAAUACUUUUCCAUCUAUGGAUAUUCGAACUGUUAUACGAAUUGUAGAGUGAAGGCCAUGCUUCGGUAUUGUGGAUGCUUACCAUUUAUUUUCAACAACGUAGCUGAAUACAAUAAGAUCAAACAUUGUGAAUUGGAUCGUCUAUACUGUAUUCAGAGAAACAAAAGAAUCAGAAUCGUGAAGAAUUUUCAGAGCGAAAAUGUUUCUUGUUCCUGUAGAACACCGUGCACUUACAUGAACUACGAUGGAUUCCCUAACUCGAUAGCUCUAAUGAAAACCAGUUCCACAAGAAAUGUGUCACAGAAAAGUACUAUUCUUAACGUUUACAUGAAUUCGCAAACUUAUCAAGUUUCAAUAAGCUUAUCAGCUGCUAACGAAACUUAUCUUUUGGCAUCAGUCGGUGGAAUCUUCAGUUUGUUCUUGGUUGUAGCUUUUUAAGUGUCGCAGAAAUCAUUUAUUUCAUAUACUUAUUUUUUCGCGCUAGUUUGAAAUCGAGUCAGAAGAGCCGAAAUCUAAAUACAUCAUAAAUACCGAUUAUUAUAAACAGUAAACGACACGUUUAUUUGAACAGUCAAUAAAUAACGCUAGUAGA